AUGGAGAUCGAGCGCGAGUUCCAGCGGCUCGACCAGGCCGCCAGCUGGGCCGCCAUCUACCAGGACAUCAGGCAUGAAGCCAGUGACUUUCCAUGUAAAGUGGCCAAACAUCCCAGAAACAAAAACAGAAAUAGGUACCGAGAUGUCAGCCCCUUUGAUCACAGUCGAAUUAAGCUAAACAAAGGUGACAAUGACUACAUCAAUGCAAGUUUGAUAAAAAUGGAAGAGGCCCAAAGGAGCUACAUCCUCACCCAGGGUCCUUUGCCAAAUACUUGUGGUCACUUUUGGGAGAUGGUUUGGGAACAGAAGAGCCGUGGUGUUGUCAUGUUGAACAGAGUGAUGGAAAAGGGAUCAAUAAAAUGUGCACAGUACUGGCCACAGAAGGAAGAGAAAGAAAUGUUUUUUGAAGAUACAAACUUGAAACUAACCUUGAUAUCUGAAGAUAUAAAAUCAUAUUACACAGUACGACAGCUAGAAUUGGAAAACCUUACAACACAUGGAACAAGAGAGAUUCUGCACUUUCAUUAUACUACGUGGCCUGACUUUGGGGUUCCAGAGUCACCUGCUUCAUUCCUCAAUUUCCUGUUCAAAGUGAGAGAGUCUGGCUCCCUCAGCCCUGAGCAUGGACCUGUCGUUGUGCACUGCAGUGCAGGAAUCGGGAGGUCGGGGACUUUUUGCUUGGUUGAUACGUGUCUGUUGCUGAUGGACAAAAGAAAAGAUCCUUCUUCAGUGGAUGUUAAGCAGGUUCUUCUAGAAAUGAGGAAGUACCGAAUGGGCCUUAUACAGACAGCAGACCAGCUUCGCUUCUCCUAUUUAGCUGUUAUUGAAGGGGCAAAAUUCAUUAUGGGAGAUGCUUCGGUGCAAGAGCAGUGGAAGGAGCUCUCCAAGGAGGACCUGGAGCCGCCGCCGGAGCAGGCGCCGCCGCCGCCGCGGCCGCCCAAGCGCACCUCGGAGCUGCACAACGGCCGCAUGCCCGAGCACGGCGGCCCCUUCCCCAGGCACCCGGCGGCCGAGGACGAGGGCGGCAGCUUGGAGAGCACCGCGGAGGAGGCAGCUCCCGGCCGGGCGCGCUGCCCCGCGCCGCCCGACACCCACAGCAUUAGUCAAGACACUGAAAUUCGGAGGAGAACUGUUGGGGAAAACCUGCACCCCUCGCCCCACAAAGAAGAGUCAAUGAAGUCGGAAAGCGUGGAAGAGGACGAUGAGAAUGUGAUGAGCACCUGGAAGCCCUUUCUAGUGAAUAUCUGCAUGUUCACCUUCCUCACGGCGGGAGCCUAUCUCUGCUAUCGGGUGUGUUUUCAUUGAUGGACAUGCCGGCAAGAUGGAGCCUGCAGGAAACACCAACGAUCUGAUGGGUUUGUAAUAAGCUUCUACGAAAGAAAGCUAAUUGAGGCACGGGAGCCUUGUCUCAGUGGAAAUAGAUGUUAGGUUGAAACGCUGGAACUUUGGUUAGGGCUUAAAGAGAGAAUUGAUGCACUAGGGUUUAAUCUAGCCCUGUGGUCCCAAGAACAUAAUAUUCUAAUCUCAGGGCCUUAAAAUAUUCAGGAGUAAGCAGAAAAAAUGCCAAAUAGUCUUGUUUUUCU